AUGGUCGAUGGUGGCAAGACCAAGUUGCGAUCCUCAAAAAGACCAACACGCGGCCAGCGGGCCAGUAACCUCUUGGGUGAUGCUGUGCCAAGCUGUGACAGUUGCGCGCUGGGAGCCCACAUAGAUGAGAAGGCAACUUCCGUCACUGAAUCGCAGCAUGAUCCUCGUUCUCAUUCUCGAUCGACAAAAGCACGCUUGCACGGUUGUCCGGUUGACAAUGGUGGCCCUGAGAACACCCAGCGUCCAACCAAGCUGGUGAAACUGAAAGGAAUCAACCUUGCUGUUAUUGACAAGCUGUCACCCAGUGCCCAGACAGACAUAGGCCAAUCGCUCCGAGUGCCAGACCGAGCUCCUGGAACCGGUUCCUGCCAGGGCUACGGGGAUCCACCCAAGACCAUUGCCGGCAAAGAUGAGUUCCGUCAGGAAAAUCAGCCACCAAGGUCGGCAUUCGCGACGCCCACAGCACUUGCUCAAUCAUUGGCCCUUUCUGGCAAUGGGAAGUCACAUACCCUGAUGCAACCAAUGAGUGCGAGAAUGUCUGCCACACAAGCCCACCCUUGCGAGGAAGAGGAAGAUCAUCGGGAAGCGGCCCUCCACUCGAUUGAGGUGGAGGCGGCAAAUUUCGAAACGUACGUCAACAUGGCGAUGUACCAGAUGCUCGCGAGCUCAGAGUCAGAGGACUUCAAAGAUUUGGUGGAGUGA